CAUGACAUUAUAUAUACCCAAAACCAACCAUAUUCCUUUUUCUUCUACGUCUAUUCGCAUGGGAAUUAACUAUUUGAAGUGGAACAGUACUGAACUACUUAGCAAAGGUGACAACUGUUAAUAGUAGGAUCGUUGAGGGAGACGUGAAGUGAUCAGAGUGGUGGAAGCUAGCUAGCUAGGCCAGAUAUAUAAAUUAGAGUACGAUUCACUGUGGGAAGUUUUGGAUCCAGAUCAGAUCAGAUCAUCAGAAGAAGAAGAAGAAGAAAAGGAACAAAAUUAGGGCAAGGGGGGAAGAUGGGUAGCAGUACGAAUUGCCAGGCUUGCUUGCUUGCUGGCUGCUGCCCCCAAGUGGCCGGUUCCACUCAAUUUGGCUGUCCUAUUUUCCUAUAUCAACUUGAUUCAACUUUUUUUUUUUUGAAAAUGGAUCGAUUCAUUCAUUGAAAGCACGAAGAGGUUGUGAAACAGCAAGGUUCCAGAUUACAACAGAUCGGAAAUAACAUUAAGCACUGAAAGCCAUUUCGGGUGAUGGGUAUUCAUUCGACAAUUCCGGGCCACCCAAUCUGCAUGCGUUCCUAUUGUUACGACGACUGGUGAAGAGAACAUUGAUCCGAUCUGAACUGCUCUAGGAUAGCCUUGAUAGAGGAAAGAAUAGCGUAACAUCUCCAGGGCCAUUUCGUCGGAUCUUCCUUAAGUGCAUCAACCAGUACCUUGAUGUCCGCAGAGAACCGUUGUCGGAUUGUUGUCUUUCUGCUGCCAAAAGACAUGCAUCAUAAAUAGCACAAGCCUCGGCCUCAAUUGGGGAAGAACAAAUCACCUUCCUCGCCCUUCCAUCACAAAUAAUAUGUCCGCUAGAGUUAGUGAAUAACUACUCCGAUUGCCGCCUCUUGUGAAUCAUAGUCAAAAGACCCAUCACAAAGUAUUCUCCGAUGAUGGAGCAUCGACGGUGGACACGAUUGUGGAGGAACGACCCUGGGGGUGAGAAGAGGAUCAACUCACUCCCAAUAAUAUACGUACCACUCAAGUUGGGGAAUCAUCUCCAACCAAUAUUUAAGCCAAGUAGAAUGGAUCAAGAAUUAAGAACAAUAUAUAGUUUGGUAUUCAAUUUGUAUAUCAUGCUUAACGCCUUUUCGGUCGUUGUGGAUGGAAAUAAGAUCUAAUAUAGUGAUCGAAUACAAGCACUCAAAUAAAAAUACGUGUUAGGAUUCAACGUGUGAAAAUUGUUUAGAAUUUAACCUUAACUAAGCUUAUGAAUAUGGACGAAAUCACGCCGUGCAAGUUCAUAUAUAAUUUGAAGUUGUGGGUUUCGAUUUCAACCAGAUAAUGCUUAGGAUUGCCAAAACCAUAUGAAUAAUUAAUUAGAGAAUGGGUUAAUUGGGGGGAUGAAUGAUAUGGUAGCUAGAUCAAGUCGGUGAACAGAGAAACAAAGCUGAACAUGCAGGAGAUUAGUGAAAUGGAUUGGGUUUGGUUCUGGGACUUAAUUCGCACGUGAAUUUCUAGGGGUUUUAGUCGACAUUAUAAUCCUAUUUGGUCUCGACCAAAAAUCCAAGUGGGAGGGUUGAACCUAAAACAAAAACCAAAUCAGGGAUGGGAGUGAAGCUGAAAUCCAUCCACAUCGAUCCCAUAAAAUUUGGUUUCUUUGGUAUACUUCUAUCUUUCAAAACCAGUCAACAAUGGAGCAUAUAUUUACAAAUUACAGUACUGAUAAUUCUAUCACUUGAAUUCGAGUCGAUUAGAUAGUUGCAGUCCGAAUUAGACAAAUUAUUCGUGAUUAUACAUAAAAUUUGAACCGAAAUAAAAGACAUGAUUUGACACUAUUCAAUUUGAAUCAACGAGAUUUAACUUCCAAAUGUUUAUUUAUUUAUUUAUUUUUACAAAUAAUAUAUAAUAUAUCCUCAUGAAUUGUGUAGCGACAACAAACUGUUGAUUGUGUGUUAACUGUUAACACACGAGUUGAGAUGAUGAAGGAAAUAUUACUAUCUUCGGAUAGCAAUCAUAUGAUGAGACUAACUGAUGUUUCAUAUCGUAGACAUAACUUUCAAGAUAUAAUCUUAAACGUCUUUCAAGAACUCGAGAUGUUGAGAGUUGAGACUAACCGAUGUUUCAUAUCAUCAUAUGAUAUCGUAGUCUUGGAGGAAGGUCGUGUCUUUCAAUUCUAGUAAUCUUAUGCUCGGUUGAAGCACAACGAUAUGAUAGAUUUGUGCAGAUUCUAAAUUAUAGGUGGAGCGUGCAAUUGAAUGAUAUAAGACCUAGUCUUAAUUGUCUCCUACCGACUGGAAUUAUUGGAUUCGACUAAUCAGAAAUUAUAGACAUAAAACUUUAGCAUUGUAGUUAGUACACUACACAUCCCACAUCCAAUCAAAAUAGUAAGAAAGUGACUUCACUGACUAAGUUUAACACAGCCUCAUUUGCAUCCUUUUCUUCUACCUAAUAAUGUAACAACUAUCUUCACCCUUCGUUAGUGACAUUUACAAUUGAUUAAUUAUGCAGACGACAGCUCCUUAACAAAAUUCUGCUGGCUGGCUGGCUUGAAAGGAGGAAUUAAGCUUGUUAAUGUUAUAUGUGUGCAAAUUCAGUGAACCUUUUUUCAGGUUUUGGGGGCAACAAAUUCAGUGUAUCAUUUGUUAAAUAUAUAUAUUCUUGAUCGUUUUCUUGGAGGGAAUAUUACAUUGGUAAUGAUUGGAUUGGACGGUGGAGAGGCCUUCUCAGAAAAAUAAAUAAAAAUAAAAACUAAAACUAAAAAAAAACAAAAAAAAAACAUCAUAUCCAUUCUCUAGUCCACAUAUGUUGCAGUCCUGCCCCACUAGUCAUGUCGGCUGGGCUUUUUAUCGAAUCUGAAACCCAAUUGUGAACUUUUAAGGGCCUCUUUAGCUGGAUACAUUUUAAUCGGUGGGCGAAGCCCGCACUCUGCUCACAAGGUCCAAUAGCCCAAUACCCAAGAAUGCCAAAAAGGAACGGAAUAAAAUUAAAAUGCUCUCGUUGAGAGUCGAACUCAAGACCUCCCGCUUACUAAACGGGUGCUCUAACCAACUGAGCUACGAGAGCUUCUUGAAAAUCCAUUCAACUGUAAUGAAUUUGUAAAGCAUCAUAGGAUGUGACUUGUGGUCACAUGUUGUGCGUUUCAAGCUCCAACUUCCAAUCAGUCACGUCAACGUGUGACCCUACGAAGUCCUCAAAUGAAUUUGCACCGCACAUUGUAAGCCAAACGGAAGAAGUUUCGUUCUGGUCCCUAAACUUAUAGAGUUACCCACUAAAGUGUAAUAUAAAUUGCAAAUAAGGUUCUUUUAUGUUGAUAAGCUCAAACCGCAGACGUACGAAACAUUAUAUACUUCAUAUUAAUUAUGGAGAGGUUAUUCGUCAUUAUUUAUAAUACACGCACAAUCAACUUUUUUUCGAUCGGGCAUUUAGUCUCUUCAACUUGUGAAUGUAAAUUUUGAGGUUGGGAAUUAAGAUGAUUAUAAAACUUGCACUUGAUUUAUCUUGUACCUUCGUUACUCAAAAUAGAUUUAUGUACACGAUGCCUUUUUCUAUGAUAAUUUAUGUACGUGAUGUCUUGAUCGGAACCUCGUACUAUAUGUUUUGAUAAAUAUGACAAGAGUAUUAGAUUGUUUGUUGAGUUUAGUUUUGUACACAAAUAGUGAAUAUAAAAAGUUGUAGAUGAGUUAAAUUUCUGUGCAUCAAUCUGUAAUAAAGUAAAAGAUUGAGCACCACUGCCACGAUAAGUACAGUCGGCACAACGAGGCCCUUUUCUGCAAAAACACUUCUUUUGGGAAAAGGAAAAGGGAAAGUUAUCCCUUUGGCUGAAAUAGAAGGAGAGAGCCAAAGCCAACCAAAGCAGAACUGUGAAAGGGUGAGCCAGUGGGAAAGCCGAGCUGCGGAGUUGGUGGAGAAGAAAGAACGAAACUUCUCUCUUUCUUUCUCUCUCUCUCCUCCUCCUCCUCUUCCCGGUUCCUUCCUCACUCUCUUCCCUCUUUCUCGCUCUAGGGUUUUGGUUCUCCCCUAAUUCUCGAUCAUAUUCCGACGAACCCACCUGCCAAAUUCACCGCGAUUUCGCUUCUUUCCUCUGUCCGCUGAUCGAACGGGGAAUUCGCUGCCAUCUGGGUCUCCGAUCGAGGCAAGGGACGGCAAUCGGACGAGAAAGCCCAAGUUUCUAACUGGUUUCCCGAAUGGCUUCCGACACAUGGGGCUCCCGAUUCUCCACUACUCGCCGCUACCAAUCUCGACCCGAUCCAUUUGAGGAAGGGGAGGUGGAAGAUGAUUCCAAAGCUGAGUUCUUGUGCCCGUUUUGCGCCGAGGAUUUCGAUAUCCUGGGGCUCUGUUGUCAUAUGGACGAGGAGCAUCCCGUCGAGACCAAAAAUGGGGUGUGCCCUGUCUGUGCUAAAAGAGUGGGAAUGGAUAUAGUUGGCCACAUCACUACACAACAUCAGAACUUCUUUAAGGUCCAGCGCAAAAGAAGGUUGCGCAAAGGUGGAUCCAACACGCCGUUUGCGAUAUUGAGGAAAGAACUCCGCGAUGGAAGCUUACAGUCGCUCCUUGGUGGAUCUUCAUACUUCGCCUCGACUACAGAGCCUGAUCCGCUGCUCUCUUCCUUCAUGUUUAGUCCUGCUGGACUCAGUGAACCGAAAUCCAUUCUCCCUGCUGCUGCUUCAGAUGUCGCAACAAGUCCAGCAAUUGUAAAACCGAUCGAGGAGUCACUAGAAAGGGUUGUAGAGCCAUCAUCGAAUGCGGUAUCAGACAAGGACCACGAGGAGAGGUCUCGUCGAUGCGAGUUUGUUCGAGGAUUGGUGCUGUCCACCAUCCUAGAUGAGUUAUGAGUUAGCUGGAAUAAUGGAGAGAUGUGCUCUUCUCUGUGAAGUCUGUAGUAUAUAUAUAAGGUAAUGGUGUACUGAAAUGAGGAGAGGGGAAAAUGGCCAAAAGUGUCCAUUUCAUGCUUAUCUAAUGUACCAAUGGCACAGAAUCAUCCAUAUCUGUAACAUAAUAUAUUAUAUAUAUCGCUUAUAUAAUUUUAUAUAAAUUAUCAUAAUUUUGCACCAAUGACAACCAGGAGAUAACCAAAACUACCAAUUUUGUUGGUUUGCUUUCAUGUUUCACUGAAACCAACAAGAAAAUCAGUGUUCAUAAAUUAAGCAUCAUUCUUGAUAUUGACAAAUGACAACGUUUUUUUUUUUACUGGAAACUGUGAGUACUUUAUUAAUCAAACGAAGCGGUUACAUUAUCCUGCAACAGUUGAUCAAUAAGAAUAACUGGUGGUCGGUCCACCCAAACAACCCUCUCGUUCCACCUAGUCUCUGUAUGAGCCAUAAGAUGGGCCGCUUCAUUUGCUUCUCGGCUGAUAUGCUUUCAUUCACCUCGUCUCGAUGCCAACAAUAAGCGGCGUAUACUACGGCACAAUACGCCAACCUCAUCAUGUUGCUUUUCCGGAUGAUGCAUUUUCUGGAUUAAAGUCAGACAAUCGGACUCCAAGACCACGUCGGAGUAAUGAAAAUGGGCUGCUAGUUGAGCCCCGAACUCAGCUGCCAUAGCCUCGGCUGUCUCUGGUCUCCACUCGCCAGGGAUUUUCUUUGUUGCAUCUAGCAGGAAUUUGCCGUCGCCAUCCCGCGCCACCAUAAGAACGUUGACUAUGUCAUAGCUCAUAUGAACGUGUCUGACAACAAUUUUAAGAUUUUGACAAUAUUAAACAUCAUUCGAAGAUCCAAAGUGUUGUAAAAACUCAUUGUUAUAAGAAUCAAAUCAGAUAGCUUUAAUUCAAUUGAUUCUUAACAAAUUAGUAUUAAUUCAAUUAAUUCUUAAAAAAUUAGUAUUUGCAAUAUGUGAGAACGGUUGGGCCAGUAGAACCACUAAAUUAGUCACAAUAUCAGUUCGAUUCAUUUGAUUGGAUGGUUAUACAUGAACUGAACGGUUAUUAACGAUUUGACAUGAAACAAGCUGAACCAUCAUAGUUUAACUAGUCUUGUUCACAAUUUUUAACCACAAAAAUAAGUAAGAAUAAAAUACGUUAACAUAAACUAAGACAAUUCAUCCUCAUUCACUAAAUUUAUUUAUCCUUUCUUUUUUGUUUCCCAUUUAUCCUUUCAACCUCAUUCACUAAAUUUAUUUAUCCUUUCUUUUUUUCGUUUCCCAUUUAUCCUUUAUUUUAUUCGUUUCCCAAUCUCCUUGUUGGAUUUAUCUGAUUUGCUAUGGAUUGUCAUUCUUUUCAAUGACUUCAAGUUAAUACAAAAAUCAUGAUUUCUUUUGUGAUGUAGUUUGAAUAUUUUGUUAGAAUUUUUGGUAACAGAUGAUAUGAAUUUGAAAAUUUUAAGGUUAACAAUAAAUUCACUCCUAACAAUCAACCACAACGAUCAACCAGUGAACGAUCAACCAGCAUGUAAUAAUUGUCGUUCUUUUUACAACAUGAAUGGUUCCGUAACGAUCAACCAGUGAACGAUCAACCACAAACUUUUCUAGUAUACCAUCCUAUCCAAUUACGAAAAUAUUGACAUUAACAAAAGGUACAUCUUUUGUGGACAUUAGUGAUUCAACAAUAGAUUAAAAGUUAAUAACAUCUAGCAUUCCUAAUAGCACUCUAAAAAUGACAAGUUCUCAAGAGAAGAAAGAACACCAUGAAAUAACUAAAUCCAGCUACUUGUUUCCAAUCAUGAAGAUGGGUGGUACGCCAUCCAACCACUGCACUGCACCAUACAAAUCGUACUGUUCAUUCAUCUGAGUUUAGAUCUAAGUAAAAAACAACGGUAUAU